UUCACGUUUUGCCGCGUCGCUUCUUUUGCACGACGUGCGGUGGGGAGCUCUGUAGAAGAGUUUCAACGACAGGCCAUGAGGCUGCUGCAUAUGAUGCGCCUAGCCCAGCUGCAACAUGGUGAAGUGCUCGAGGAGCUGUGUUCUCGAUACACUCGCGUUCUUGAGCAUUGUCCGUCCAUGAUUCGAGCACCUUUCACUACCACUGAAGACCUGGAGGCAUUUGACAGCACCCUGAACGAGAGCAAGACAGCUCAACUGAUUGACGAACUCUGUCGCCUUGGGGGUUAUGAUGUUGGCCACGCAACACCGAACAUCCUGUGCUACAUAUUGACCGACUCCUUGGCGGAACAGUAUACAGCUGGAUCGGCCAGAAAGGCAAACGAAAAUUCGCAGUGCUCAACUUCCCCAGCAUCAUUUUCAGUACGGAUACCAUACCUUCAAAUGCCGUCUCCAUCACAGUGCAACGGGCUGUACGAGCAAACACAAAAGGUCCACAGCAAACAAGGUGGAAGUGGGGACGCAUAUCAAGGCAUGGUUGCGACAUGCUAAAGACCGAGAAAAAAAGCUGGCGAGAGCAACUGUAGAAUGAGCACAGCUUAUGCACAGGGAGCUUUUUUGUUUUAAACAAUUGUCUGAGUAAGUAUAGUUCUCAGCGCUGCAUGCAUCCGCUACAGCUUCGCUAC